GCUACGGGGGACAGAGAAGUCAUGGCUUCUCCGUCCAAAGGCAGUGACCUGUUUUCGUCCGACGAGGAGGGCCCGGCGCGGGCGGCGGCGCCCGGGCCGGGGGGCGCCGAGGGGGGCGCCGAGGGGCGCCGCGUCAAGGUCUCCAGCCUGCCCUUCAGCGUGGAGGCGCUCAUGUCCGACAAGAAGCCGCCCAAGGAGGCGUCGCCGCUGCCGGCCGACGGCGCCGGGGCCCCGCUGCGGCCGCUGCUGCUGCCGGGACCCGGCGCCCGCGACGCGCACAGCCCCGGGCCGCUGGUCAAGUCGGAGACCCCGGAGGACGGCGCGGCGUGGAUGCAGGAGUCGGGCAGAUACUCGCCGCCGCCCAGACACCUGAGCCCCACCACCUGCACCUUGAGGAAGCACAAGACCAACCGCAAGCCCCGCACCCCGUUCACCACGUCGCAGCUCCUGGCACUGGAGCGCAAAUUCCGCCAGAAACAGUAUCUGUCCAUUGCCGAACGGGCCGAGUUCUCCAGCUCCCUGAACCUCACAGAGACCCAGGUCAAAAUCUGGUUCCAGAACCGCAGGGCCAAGGCAAAAAGACUGCAGGAGGCGGAACUGGAGAAGCUGAAAAUGGCGGCGAAACCCAUGCUGCCCUCGGGGUUCAGCCUCCCCUUCCCCAUCAACCCGCCGCUGCAAGCUUCCCUCUACGGGGCCUCUUACCCUUUCCAUAGACCUGUGCUGCCCAUCCCGCCCGUCGGACUCUACACGACCCCCGUGGGCUAUGGCAUGUACCAUCUCUCCUAG